UGGGAAGAUCCAAGAGUAAGAUAUUGGCAGUAUUCUCAGUAUAUACAAUCGCAAAAUUCAAUGGCACUGAGUUCUGCUACAACUAUUACUUCCCAAGAUAUACCUUUGCAGACUAUGGGAAAUGGAGGUGGUGGACAUUUAGGUUAUGCUGGAGCUCACAAAGCUCCACAAAUUUAUCCAACACUGUCCCCUUAUCAUAAUCCACAACUUGCAUUUUUGCCUCCUAGUAUACAGGUAGGUACUUAUAAUUCUAAAAUAGUAAAAUAUUUAGUAAAUUAUACACGUAUAUGUACGCAAAAUCCGGAUUCUGUCGAAUUACAAGUUGCCAAAAUCAAUGCCAUAUUUCCAACAGUUUCUGAUACUCACAUUCGACUUCUUCUGAAAAAAUACCAUAACAGAGCAGCUUUGGUUGUCAGCGCUCUACAAGUGGAAAAGAAUCCUCUUUGUGCUCCAGGACCAUGCACACCCAUUGGAGUGCAUUCAAACUAUGCAAUACCGAGAUGGCGAUUACCAACUCAUGCUAUACACGCAGCUCUAACAUUGAGUCCGCCUCGUGGGGCCCGGCCAGCCCCACAUUCCCCAAAAAUGAAACUUAGGUACCUGAAAAAUGUAUUUCCGAAAGUAGAAGAAACUAUGUUACUUGACAUUUUGGAGCAAAGCGAUAAUAAUGUCCAAAAAGCCUCGGAAAAAUUGAUUGAUCUGGGUUAUGAAAAGCGAAAUCCUACUGCUCCAAAGUCGCAGAGGAGGAAGGAGGAGGAGCAAGUAAAACAUGAACAACACACUGCUCCUACCCCUCCACCACGUAUGAAAAGUUUAGAAGAGAAAAAUAAAAUGAAAGCGCGUUUAAUGGAAAAAUAUAAAUCCGUGCCAGAAAGAGUAAUAAUGCUUGCUAUGGAUAGCGUUGAUUACGAUGAGGAAAGAGCGAUACAUAUAUUAGAUAUUAUGGUUACAGAAGAAGCCAGAAGACCUUUGUGUACAUCAAGUAGUCAAAGUAGUAGAAGCGAUGACAGGAAAGAUAGCCCACCAGUAACUGAAGCUGUUAAAUUAACUGCCUCGCCAAUUAAAAAGAUAGUGAAAGACGCGGAUGCAGAAAAAUCUAAACGAUCUAAAAAUAAGAUAGAAAUACCAAAAAUCUCUCGAGGAACAAGCACCACAGAAGAUAAUGAAUAUAAAUCUCCAUAUUUAGCGAAACCAGUUGGACCAAAUCCACAUUUACCAAAAGGAGCCAAUAAUGAUUUACUUCUACCAGAUUAUGCACCAUGGUCAGGACCAGAUUCAAAUUUGUUAAUUAAAGGAGCUCACAAUAAAACACUAGCAAAUGGACACGAUUCAAGUUUACUUUUUAAAGAUUGUUAUAUUGCUAAAGGGCCUAAUCCAGAAUUAAGAAAAGGUCCAUUGAGGGAAUUAGCUCAAGGUUCUAUCUAUUCCCAGCGAAAUGUCGCAAAUACCGAAACUCGUUGCAAAUGAGAUAUGUGCAAUUGUUUUUUUCUCCAUUUUUACGCUUGCUAAUUUGGAAGAUCGUUUAAAUUUUACGUAAGUUAUGUUCUCAUCGUUAAUUUAAUAUUUUUAAUUUUAGUGAUUGAACGCUCACUUAAUUUUUAUAUAUUUACAGCGAGCUUCCGAAAAUAGUUUCUGUAUUUAAAGAUUAUAUUUAGACAUGACAAUUAUUGUUAGGUUUUAUACUCUAUUCGUUAUUACUUUAUAUUGAAGUUAUAUUAAUGUUUAUUUAUUUUGUUAUUGGUUAAAAAUUUUAUUUUUUCUGUUCAUUAUAAGAUGAUAAUUUUAUUGUACACCAAAGAGAACGAGCGGUGAAAGAUAUAUAAACGAAAGAAGCAUGCAAAGAAGUGUUCAAAUUUAAUUAUACAUACUUUUAAUGAUUUAAGAAGAAAGCUAUCAUGAUACUAUGCAUUAUCAAUUUGAAAAAUAUCAUAAUGCUUCCAUUUAUGACAUAUCUUGUCAUUUUUAAUGUGUACAUAAUCGCGACCAAGUUUUUAAAUGAUCCUUAGAUAAUUUAACGAAAGAUUAAACUGUUCAUUCAAUUGUUUGGACACUGCAUUUGAACACGAGAUUAUUAAACUUAUCUUCUUUGCAAAUAUGAAGGAAGUUUCCGAUCGCUUAACUCAAACCCGAAUAAUUAAUAACAAUCCUUAUACUAAUAGUAGUAACUAAUUCCAUGAUAAACAUUUUACAGUAUUAAUAUUACUUUAAUUAUCUGUCGUACAGCAUAUUUAUUCCUUGAAUUUAAGUAGUUGUUGUAUUUUUAGAUACUAAUUUGCGUUUGAAUUUUGAAAUUCUUAAGAUCAUAGGAGUUUUAAUAUCUCCGCGACUACACACUUUUAUUUAUUAGUUCUAAUCUGCAGCCAAUGGUAUAUUUAAAUCGCACCCAAGAUGUAAAGAAAUUUAAUUGCGUGACAAAUAUCUGAAAUAAUGUUAGUUUUAUAUGCUAUAUACAUUUUGAAUUUCAGUAUCACAAUAUAAAAACAUGUAUUGAAUACAAAUUUGCAUAUCUAUGAUGCAAACUUCGAGAUAAUUAUUACGUACGAUUAUAGGCCAUAACCGAAAUAGGAUUUCUAAUAACAAAACUAAACGAGAAAAAAUCUUUAUAUACGCUAUAGUUAAAUCAAUGUACAGAAGUAUUUUCAUAGCUUAAUUCAAAAUAAUCCUGCCUUUGAGAAAAUCUAAUAUGUGAAUAAAAAUUUAAUAAACAGACGGGCUGUGGCUGAAACAUUAGUUGAGAGCUAUUUUUAUAGCUUUUUGACUUAUGAAGAAACUAGGAGGGAUAAAAUAAUCUAUUUUGACUAUAUUUUGAGUAUUGCCACGUAUGCAGAAAAGUAACAUUAAAUGGGAUAAACCAAUAAGCUAAUUAAUGUCAUUUUAAUAUUUUAGUGUCAAACACGUUAUCUUUUAAAUACCAAUUAUUUAAGUAUUGUAUUCCAUGUAAGGUUCGAAGUUGUGUAUGGAAUGCGAAGUGGAGUGACUAGUAGUCAAUAAUUAAAAAUGCCAAAUUUAUUUCCAACAAAAUGUGUCCAUCCAAAGUAAAUACUGAAUACAUAUGUUCUUCAAUAUGCUUUUAUAGCUUGUGUGAUUCAAUGUGAGGUAAACCGUCGUUUUUUUAUUACAUACAUGUGAAUUAAGUUUACAUUACAUACGUACGAAUUAGAUGUUAUAGGAAAUUGUGUGCAAUAAAUGUUAGUGAAAUUGUGCUAUCUUUAAAGUAGUAAAUGUAUUUUAUCAUAUGUGAGAUCUGCUACGGGUUUUUGUUGCGUCAAUGCCAUAAGAUAUUUGCUAUAUACGCAAACGAUAAUGUUAAAUAUCAAUGGAAUUACCCUAUUUCACGAUUAAGAUUUCAAGUUCCACGCAAUUUUUCUCGUACGUGUUACUUCAUUUGCAGAAGCGAACUAUUUUUCAUAGAUCUUAUGCAAUGUGAAUACAUGUACAAAUCUAUAUAUUUAGAUAUUCUCAGAAUUAUUUUGUGUCUAAUAUAGUUGCUAUGAUAAUAUUGAAAGUCGUAUUUAGAUAUAAGGAUUUCGUCCUAGAUACUCUAAACUAAACAAAUAAUACACUUGAAACUGAAUUAAAACAAUCCAUAAUUAGCAACAUGACACAUGCAGAUGUUAUAAACUGAAUAUUACGCUGACGUGAAAGUUAUAUUUCAUUGUAUGUACUAUACAUAUCUGUAAUAAAGAUAACCCAUAAUCAA